AUGGAGAUCCAGUUGCAGGCAAGAGUAAUGGAAUACAAAUUCCACAUCAUGGUGGCAAUCAUGGUGACCGCGUCCCUCGUGUACGCAGCACCAAGAAUUGUGGACAUAUUAGCCUAUUUCUGGCCUCUCUUUGCGUCAACUGCAGCCUUCUUGGCUAUGGCAAUCACCUUUGGUGGCUUCCAACAGCCUUCAGAACAAUCUACUGCUGAUGGACUCAUGGACUACGUCACGCAUAACGUUGAAUGA